UUCUUUUAUUAAGUAACCUCAAUCCUUAAUUGUCAGUGAUUCUACAUAGUAUGAGAGAAAAUAAGUUUGUAUAUUUUUCUGUUGUUAUUUUUGAGAUUUAUAUCACAUAAAAUUAAUUGUGGACAAUCUGAUUUUUCAUGAAAUCAAGAACGAACAAUUGGUGUAAAAUAAUUGUUAGUUAGGUAUGUAAAUUGUACAAUAACCUAAAAAUAAAGUAAGGAAGUUUUGGACUGUUGCAGGUAGAUUAAGAUAAUUGUAUAAUAUGAACAUGAUAAAUCAAAUAAAUGGAUCACACAGUCCUAACAAGAUGUGUAUUUGUCAAGCAAAUGAAGAUGAUUGUAUUGUUAUCAAACUACGAAUAGCAAAUAAUGCGGACACAGAUUUUGUGGAAUGUGAACUUUCUAAAAGCAAUUUAACUUACUCUCAUUUACUCAACAUCGUUUGUAGUGAAUUUGAUAUAAUUCCUGCACAAAUUUCAAGAUUAAGAAAAUUACCUAAUACUCGACUUAGAAAUGAUAAGGAUAUUAAAAGGUUACAGGACUUUGAAGAAAUAGAAAUAGUUUUAAAUGCACCAGUGACAUCCAAGUCUUUGAAUACAUCAAAUGCAUACCCUUCAAUAACUAGUAAAGAUCAGACUGUUUUGUAUUAAAUGAUCAAAGUAAUAUUCCCAUUGCGGAUUCUACUCAUCUGCCAGAACAUAACGAUGUUCAUUAUCCGGUUAUAGGUGAACAAUAUCCGCAUCCGGUAACUGCAUUUGGACAAGUUCCACAUCCUCCGCCACC